GUUCCCGUGCAGGUCUCGGUGCUGUACUUCGCCAAGAGCGCGGAGCUGGCAGGACUGCGCAGCGAGACCCUCUCGGUGCCACGGCAGAUCACCUCGCUGCAGCUCUGGGAGGAGAUCGUCAAGGUCCACCCCAGGCUUGCUGUCAUCCGGGAUCAAGUGGUUUUUGCUGUUCGGCAGGAGUACGUGCUUCUCGGAGAUCAGCUCUUGGUCCUGCAACCUGGAGACGAGGUUGCCAUCAUUCCACCAAUCAGUGGAGGCUGA